AUGUCACUAUCCAUGGCUCAUUCUCUGUAUCCUGCGGCUUUGCUCGCCCUCGUGGCGACCUUUCCCUCAAACACUUUGGCUUCGCCAAUUUCACACCUUCAUAAACGCGACAUGAGCACAGGUGCCAAAGCUGGUCUCGGUGUCGGUCUCGCAGUUGUGGCCAUUAUCGUCAUUGGCCUCUUCGCCUUCUUCAUCAUCCACUUCCGCCGCUCUCGACAUCUAGCAGCUCUCAAUAAAGAACGGGCCAUCCUCGCAGGCGAGAAGAAUCAAGAUGGCUCAGACAAGCCCGAUAAAUUCGUCGAGAACCCGCCUGAGAAGUCAGCCAUGCCUCGACGAAACAAGUCGGUCAAGGACCGACUGAUGGGACCACUAUACCGCGGCAGCACCAUUGACCUGAUGCCCAUUCCCAAAGCCCACUACAACGCGAAUCGAAGCAGCACCGCCACUACACAGACUGCUCACUGGGAUAAUGUCGAUGGUCAACCUUUCCUGCACAAACCAUGGGCCGGCGGCGAAAGCUCCCCACGCCCCAGCUUCAGCAGCAAGCGAGCUACCAGAAUGAUGAUGAUGAUGUAA